GGCUUCCCGAGGGAGGAACCCGCCUGCCGGUGGCUUGGGAAAGCUCCGCGGCCAUGGGGGAGAAAGCCGUGCGAGCCCUGGAUCCGUGCCGCGAAGGCGAUGCAUGGUGUCAAAUAUUCAACGUAUCUGCGCUGCAAGAGUCUUUCUUUGUUUAUUCUGGCCGAUACCCCAAUGAGACAAAGUUGAAUGUUUCCACGCCCACAGGAAGUAAACACAGCCUAUUUGUAGGUACAGCCUUAGCCAUAAGCUCCAGUCUCUUCAUCGGUUCCAGUUUUAUACUGAAAAAGAAGGGCCUUUUGCGAUUAGCUGAGAAAGGAGCCCUUAGAGCUGGACAGGGUGGAUAUUUGUACCUGAAGGAAUGGUUAUGGUGGGCAGGGCUGCUGUCAAUGGGAGUAGGAGAAGCAGCAAACUUUGCUGCAUAUACCUUUGCACCUGCAACUUUGGUAACCCCGUUGGGUGCACUGAGUGUUCUUGUAAGUGCCAUGUUAUCCUCCUUUUUUUUGAAUGAAAAGCUCAAUAUUCAUGGGAAACUGGGCUGCGUAUUGUGCAUCUUGGGGGCCACUGUAAUAUUAAUUCACGUUCCUAAUGAGGAAGAAGUCAUGUCGUUGGAUGAAAUGGAACCAAAGCUGAAAGACCCAGUGUUUAUUACAUUUGCCAUUACUAUAAUUGCGAUCUCACUAGUGCUCAUUUGUUUCGUUGCUCCCAAAUCUGGUGAAACGAAUAUUCUGGUCUACAUCGCGAUUUGUUCGCUGAUUGGCGCGUUCUCCGUCUCCUCUGUCAAGGGCCUUGGCAUUGCCAUUAAAGACCUAUGGCAUCACAAACCCGUCUUGCGGUCUCCACUGCUAUAUGUUUUUGGAGCGGUUUUGGUGUUGUCCGUCAGUACGCAGAUUAACUACCUCAACAAAUCAUUGGAUGUGUUUAAUACAUCUCUGGUGACGCCGAUUUAUUAUGUGUUCUUCACAACCACUGUGGUGAUCUGCUCUGUCAUCCUUUUCAAGGAAUGGAAUAGCAUGACGCUUGGUGAUAUCGUUGGGACCUUGAGUGGAUUCAUCACUAUCAUUAUAGGCAUUUUUUUCCUUCAUGCUUUUAAAAACAUAAGCGUCUCGUGGAACCAGCUGACGUCUACUGCUAAAAAAGAAUCAGUGCUGCCUACCUGCGGCUAUGAUGUUCAUCAGACUUUAUUGGAGAACAUGGAGACUGGCGAUGAGGACAAUACAUUGUUCAGCCAAGGAAAUGAGCAAGGGGAUGGCCGUUGUUAA